UCCCUUUUGACCGCGGUCAGGUUCGGUUGACUAGUUGAACGCAGAGGUUGAGGUUGAUUAGCGCUGGGGUCGGUCGAGUGCGUCCGGUACAGGGCAGGAAGCCAUACCUAGUUGUGAUCCACUUUGAUCUGCCAGUAGCCGGAAUUGAUCUGUGAUUUCAGCGAUCGACCGGACCUGAGGAAACCGGACGCAAGGAGGACGGAAAGUUUGGUGCUUUGGCGCUGAUCAUCGAUUCGAGGCCAAAUUGAACGCCGAGCAAGACCCUCCCCAGUACCAUGGGUAGUUCAGGCUACACGUGCAUACGACGGACGUUCUGUUCGUUCAACGUUCUGAUAUGGCUUUGUGGAAGCUGCUUUCUAGCCGUCGGAGUGUGGCUGCGGUUUGCUGCGCCUGGUUAUGCCACCUUACUGCCGGAUCACGCUGCCCUCAGUGCAGAUUGCCUGUUCAUGACCAUCGGCGUGAUUAGUUUCGUUAUUGCGUUUUUCGGCUGCUGCGGUUCGUGGUUCCAGUCGCGAUGUUUCCUGAUAAUUUAUUUUACUCUUGUGGUUCUGCUGUUCCUGAGCGAGUUCCUGCUGGGAUCGCUGGCGUUUGUAUUCCGUGGCGGAAUUGGACGGAUGAUGGUUCACGAGCUGAAGUACGGCAUCGAAAAGCAUUAUAACGUAUCGGAUAGGGGAGGCAUUUUCGCUCCUUCGGUGGCGUCCAUCUGGGACAAGGUGCAAGUUGAGCUGCAAUGCUGUGGAGUUAGUACGUACGAAGAUUGGUACGAUAUCAGCGCCUGGCCUGGCGAACGGUGGGUUCCAAGAUCUUGUUGCCGACCGCGGUAUAAUUCGCUGAUGCUAGAAGGGUCAGGGGAUGAUUUGCAUGGCGUUGAUUGCAGGAAAGCUGGCGAUCCAUCUCUGCUGUGGGAUAAGAGCUGUGGUCAAAUUUUGCAAAUGUGGUUCGUUCAACGGCUUCAUGUUGUUGGAACGGUUGGACUAGUCAUAGCAUUUUUACAGCUAUUUGGUCUCAUUUCGUCGAUGCUCCUCUUCUGUACGGUGAAGCACAAACGAUCAUCGAAAACGUACAAAUCCUACUCGCCCACAGUGGACACGACCCUGAAUCGGAACAGCACCGGGACCUACCUGGACGAUUGAUAUUGGUUAUAGUCUCGAUUACGACGUGUAUCGAGAUCACCCAUUUGGCGUAAGCUGCCCAGUUUUCCGGAGCCUAGCACCAAAAUCGCAUAGAUCACGAACACAACGAAGAUGAGCAGUCGAUGAAUAUACUCGUAUUUGUUACAAAAUAUUGCUAUAUUUACACAUUAUUGUAGGUUACGCUCGAAAUGCUGAGAAGCCGAAAUCGAAUCCUUAGAUUAAGGAGAUGCUGUGCCAAAAAUCAUGAAGAUAAUUGUUUGUAAUUUUUAAAAACCUCGAAAAUAAGUUAGUAUUGUUAAUUUAUGCAACGGUAGGUCAGCUUUAGAAAGUUAAGGACGCAAACAAUAGACCGACAAAUUGGUAAAAUGAAUAUAAAAUGUAUUUACAAAACAACCCAAUGAUCGGGAAUCUCUAAACUAGCCUUCGGUAGUUUUCGCUUAGUCCUAUGAUACAUUCUAUUUUAUUAGGAUUAUUUAUAAAUAGAAUCCGACUAGCCAAGUCGAAGCAGACAUUCCAAAGUAGCAGAACUUGUAUUUACAAUGGUAAUCCUCAGAGAGAUAAGUCAAAUAAAUGAACCUCAUACUCGA